AUGCCAACUUCAAUGGCGGCUGCCAUGAUGCCUCAUUUUCCCUAUUAUUACACAGCAAGUCAAUUGAAGUCUUGUCACAAUGCCUUAUUACAGGCUAGUUCUGCUGUUGCCAGUGGUAGUUCACCUUCCAUUUUUAGUAUUGAUAGUAUUUUGGCCCCAAGACCGAUUCCAGCUCACAGACCAACACCCUAUUUUCCUUAUCCGGGUAUCACUCCAGCACCGUAUGAUUUCUUUGCUGCUGCUGCGGCUGCCGCCUAUCCGUCACCAUUUCCGGGAUUCCUUUCACCUGCUGAUCUUGCUCGUGCUGGCCAAAAGAGAAAAAGGCGACACAGGACUAUCUUUACAGAAGAACAAUUGGAGCAACUAGAAAAUACGUUCCACAAAACACAUUACCCAGAUGUUUUACUGAGAGAAGAACUUGCAUUGAAAGUUGAUCUUAAAGAAGAGCGAGUUGAGGUUUGGUUUAAAAAUAGAAGAGCCAAAUGGAGAAAAACCAAAAGAGAGGAAGAAGCAGUAAGACGUGGACACAGAGGAGGUUCUUUAUCGGAAACAGACAAAAAUAUGACUGAAAAAGAUGGUGAAAUCUCAGUUUGCGUUGAUGACAAGGAUUUUAGUGAUAAUGAAUGUGACAGCCAUGAGUCAUUAAAUGUGGACAGUUGUGAAGAAGAGCUUUCUCAGAUGGGGAAAAGUGACGAUGGUGGGGACUUUUCUGAAAAUGACUUAAGUGUGACAAGCCCAGGCAACAAAACAUUAAAUUCUGCUCCAUCAACGUGUUAG